AUGGACAAGAAUUGGAUGCAUGUGCCAGACAGGUUUACUUCAUGUGAAUACAAUGAAGGGAUUAAUAAUCUCCUCACCAUGGCAAAAGCCCAUGCACCUGGAAGAACUACCAUAAGGUGUCCAUGUAGGAGAUGUUGUAAUAACCUAUUCCUACCAUUCAAUGAAGUCGAAGAUCAUCUAUUUAUGAUAGGUAUUGAUCCAAGUUAUACACACUGGAUUUUUUAUGGGGAGGGUGAAAAUUGGAGUGUUAAUUCGUCAUCUUUUGAUGAUGAUACAAAUGUUCAAUCUCAUAAUUUUAUUGAUGAUAUGGAUGAGAUGAUAGAGGACACCCAAGCUGCAUCAUUCAUUGACCUUGCAUUCGGUGAAAGUGGUACUGCUUUAGAGCCACCCAUGAGUGAUUGGCAAUUGAAAACAUUUGACCAGUUGUUUGAGGAUGCAAGACUUCCUCUUUAUCCAACUUGUGAGAAGUUUUCUAAGCUCUCAUUUAUAGUAAAGUUGCUUCAUAUCAAAACUGUUGAUAAAGAAGCUUGUUCUAAAUGCGAGGAGCCAAGGUGGGUGUCAACUAGAGGAAAAAAAGGGAAGAUUCCCCAUAAGGUAUUGCAAUACUUUCCUCUCAAGCUGAGGUUACAAAGGCUUUUUAUGUCUAAGAAUAUAGCAAAGUCCAUGAAAUGGCAUAGAGAAGAACGAGUUGAUGACCAUAGUACCUUAAGGCAUCUUGCUGAUUCUAAGAUGUGGAGACAAUUUGAUAAACACCACACUUGGUUUGCCCAGGAUUCUUGCAAUGUCAAACUGGGGCUAGUUAGUGAUGGGUUUAACCCGUUCAAUAAUAUGAGCAAACCUUAUAGCAUAUGGCCAGUUAUACUCGUGCCAUAUAACUUGCCUCAUUGGUUAUGCAUGAAAGAGCAAUACUUAAUGCUCUCCUUGCUCAUUCCGAAAUCACCAGGAAAUGACAUCGAUGUUUAUUUGCAACCUUUAGUGAAUGAACUAAAAGAGCUAUGGGAGGAUGAUGUAGAUAGCUAUGAUGCAUCAAAGUGUGAACACUUUCGCUUACAUGCUACACUAUUGUGGACUAUUAAUAACUUUCCUGCAUAUGCCAAUCUUUCUGGGUGGAGCACAAAGGGAAAGAUGGCUUUCCCAUCAUGCAAUGAGGAUAUAAAUUCCAUGUGGUUGAAACAUGAUAGAAAAUACUGUUACAUGGGUCAUCGUCGCUUCUUGCCAUCUGCCCACCCUUGGAGAAAGAAAAAGGCGGCAUUCAAUGGAAAUGAGGAGAAUUGA